AUGGAUCCUGCAGAGGAAAGCGAAGUUAGGGCUGAAGAGGAAACCGUAGUUCGGGUUGAGGAAAAAGGUGAAGUUCUGAUAGAAGGAGAAGGCGAAGUACGGGUCGAAGAAGAAGAAGGCAAAGCUAAAGUUGAAGAAGAAAGCGAAGUUAAGGCUGAAGAAGAAGGGCGGGUUCUGGUCGAUGAGGAAAAUGGAGCUCAGGAUGAAGAAGAAGAAGGCGAAACUAAGGCUGGUGAGGAAGUUGGAUCUAAGGUCGAAGAAGAAGGGAACGGACGAGUUGGUUGUAACAGACCUAAGAGAGCUUGUUCGAGGAAUGUUAAUUACGCAGCCAUUUUUAAUUGCUUUGAGGAGCCAAAGAUGAAAAGGGUCAAAAAGAUUGGGAAAAAGAAGAGAGCCUCUGCUACUACCACUGGUGAAGCCUCGGGUAGUAAGGCUAAGCGAAAGAAGAAAGAAGAAAACGAUUCUGAGGUUCCAGUAACGCUAAACAAGAAGCAAAUGAGUACUGUUGUUGUGAAUGGCGAUAAAGACAAUCAAAUCCAGAAGGAUAAUGGUGACAACUGGGAGUCCAAUAUGUGUCACCAGUGUCAACGCAACGAUAAAGGUCGUGUUGUGCGUUGUCUGAAUUGCAAAAGGAAGCGUUACUGCAUCCCUUGCUUAAACACGUGGUACCCCCACAUCAAAGAAGAAGCCAAGAUUGCUGAGAAGUGCCCAUUCUGCUGGAAUACUUGCAAUUGCAGAUCUUGCCUGCGGCUGGACACGAAAAUGGAAGGUAUAAAUUCAGACCUGAAGGUCAGCAAGGAUGAAAAAAUUCAAUGCUCGAAAUAUAUUUUACAGAAGCUUCUCCCACAUCUGAAGGAGAUAGAUAAUGACCAAAUUGCUGAGAAAAAAGUUGAGGCAGAGAUCUCAGGAUUGGACUUGGAAAAGGUGAAGCCCCAAAAUGCUAAAUGUCCCAAGGAUGAAAGAGUAUACUGUGACAACUGCCAGACUGCAAUCUUUGAUCUUCAUAGAAGAUGCUCGAGCUGUGGUUCUGAUAUGUGCCUUAUAUGUUGCCUCGAGAUCCGGAAAGGAAAGCUUCAGACAUGUCACGAGGAUGUGUCUUGGAAUUUUAUCAACCGAGGUUUUGAGUAUUUACAUGGAGGACGAGGAAAAAAAGUUGAUAUGACGGAUGAUAAGUUGAAUAGCAAAGACAGUAAGAAGCACCCAUCUGGGUGGAAAGCCAAUGAAGCUGGCAUCAUUACUUGUUAUUGUGGUGCUGGGGAGUUAAAGUUGAAACGCAUGCUUCCUGAUGGUAUGGUAUCUAAUUUGGUCAAGAGAGUAGAAGAAGCUAAUGAAGCCAAUAUGCUUUUGGAUUUACCUGAAAUGGCUAUGGAGCGAUGCCCUUGUUUUAACUCUGAAGGUCAUAUUGACAUGGACUACAGUAAAUCGUUAAAGGCUGCUUGUAGAGAAGGGUCAGAAGACAACUUUCUAUACUGUCCAAAUGUUAAAGAUGUUCAACAAGAUGAUCUGAAGCAUUUCCAGCAUCAUUGGGUAAAAGGUGAGCCUGUAAUUGUGAAGGAUGUGCUUUCGGCUACAUCUGGUUUAAGCUGGGAACCCAUGGUAAUGUAUCGUGGCUGCCGUCAGAUAACCAACACCAAACAUGAAUCACUUCUUGAAGUUAAUGCCACCGAUUGUCUGGACUGCUGCGAGGGAACGGUUAAUCUUCAUGAGUUUUUCUUGGGUUACACAAAGGGCCGGUUUGAUCGCAAGGGUUGGCCACACAUUCUGAAACUGAAAGAUUGGCCUCCAUCUAAGACCUUCAAAGAAAACUUGCCACGUCACUGUGAGGAGUUCUUAUGCAGUUUGCCUUUGAAGCAGUACACUCACCCGCGUAGUGGACCUUUGAAUAUCGCUGUCAAAUUGCCUGAUAAUUGCUUGAAGCCAGACAUGGGGCCCAAGACUUACGUUGCAUAUGGAUUUGCUCAAGAAUAUGGGCGUGGAGAUUCUGUUACUAAGCUCCAUUGCGACAUGUCUGAUGCGGUGAAUGUGUUGACUCACAUAUCUGAAGUGCCCAUUGAUCCGAAGAAACAACCCCAAAUUGAAGAACUGAAAAAGGCGCAUGCUGAACAAGAUUUGAAGGAGCUGUAUUCCUCAGUACCUAACUACGAGGAAAAGAUGAAGAGUCUUGAAAACACUAAUGAAGAAGAAGUUGGCGAAGAUGAUGGUGCUCUUUGGGACAUUUUCCGUAGAGAAGAUGUUCCAAAACUAGAAGAAUACCUUCAGAAGCAUUACAAAGAGUUCAGACAUUUCUUCUGUUGCCCCGUGUCUAAGGUUGUUCAUCCAAUACAUGAUCAGACUUUCUAUUUGACUCGAUAUCAUAUAACGAAGCUGAAAGAAGAAUUUGGUAUUGAGCCAUGGACGUUUGUUCAGAAGGUUGGAGAUGCUGUUUUAAUACCUGUAGGUUGCCCUCAUCAAGUCAGAAAUUUGAAGUCUUGCACCAAGGUGGCGCUCGAUUUUGUAUCGCCUGAAAAUGUCGGCGAGUGUUUCCGCUUGACAAAAGAGUAUCGUCUUCUGCCACCUAACCACCAUUCAAAAGAGGACAAGUUGCAGAUAAAGAAGAUGGUAGUGUCUGCAGUGGAAGAGGCUCUCAAUGACUUAAGUGGAAAGGAGUCUCGGGGACCCGAAGAGAAGAAAAAGGCACCAGUGGCGAGAAAAAAGGCGACGACAUCAAAGAGUAAAAAUUGA